UACACAGUACACAUUGCGCAUGAUACAUGUCAGCUCCGCCGCUGCAAAGGUAACUGCGCUGGCCAAAAUAAGUGUGCUCAUUUCUCGAGAAAAGGGAGCUUGUAUUGAUCGAGAGAAGUUGAAAUACCGAUUGAAGAACUGACUGGAUACGCGGAUUUCAUGUAGAUGGCUCCAUGUCGGCGGGAUAUUCCGACAUAGUGCACGUGACGGACAUGUAGUAUGGUGGUAUGCUGCCUCUGACUCCACAGCCCUCGCCUUGUGCAUGUCUUGAAGUGCCUUCCUCGGGUGACCAUGGCCGAGACAAGGAGGAUCGAGAUGCCCUCGCCCAGGAGGGCUCACUUGCCACCGAUGGGUGCUCGGACCAAGGCCACACGAACACCGAUCACGUAGUAGAUGUGGCGUCCGAGUGUAUGGGCGAUGCCACGACGAUAGGUGAUGCUGCCCACCACUGCGACCAUCUCGAGUCUCGGGGCACACGCAUAUCCGCGCCAGGUCGUUUCGAGGGAGACCGCGACCCGUGUUACUUCGAGAGACUACCUGUGGAAGUCACCACCAGGAUCUUUGGCUUUCUGCGCCCCAUCGAAGACGCUCUCCCCCUGCUGGCCAGGGUCAAUCGGAGGUGGAGGAAAAUUCUCCUGAAUACGCCAAAACUGUGGCGGGAGAUCCAUGUCAGGUCUGACGAUUACUCACCGUUGCAUUACACCGUCUUGUCAAUCAUCUUCCGCGUGUACGGGGCCCACGUGCGCGAACUCACGUGGCAGACGGGGUCCCGCGUCUACGAGUCUCUCUUCUGUCUCAUACCCAAGCUGACAUCCCUUACUGUCCUCCGAUUGCCCAUCUUGUGGAACAAAUGGGUCGUGGACCAGCUAGCACCGCUCACCAGACUCGAGGAGCUGCAGAUCAACGGCGGCUUCGGGCUGACCGACUCCGACCUAGCCCGCAUCGCUGGCAACUUCCCUGGUCUGAGGCGGGUGGUCCUCAGUUCCUGCUGGGCGGUCACGGCCAAGGGGGUAGAGGGCUUCCUGGAGUCGUUGCCGCAGCUGGCAGAGUGCAAGCUCAAGAUCAACGAGGGGCUGCCGCUGUGCGACAUGAGGAGCGACUUCGCAAUGCUCCAGGGCAGCAUGGUGACGCGGAGUGUCGGCAACGCCUCGCGGGCCAGCACCAUCACCGUCCUUAGCUUGAACUUCGUGCCGGUGGAGAUGGAGGAAGUCUGGGGGGUGGUCAACUGCUUGCCUCGGCUCAAGAAGCUUUCGAUCAGCAACUGUGAGGGACUGCAGGGUGUUCGUCUGCAUUCCUCAUCACUGCAGAAGAUCUACCUUCUCAACCUGUGGUCUGUUCACUUCGUUAGUAUCAACGCGCCUUCGCUUCGGUUUCUACGCGUGGACACCGGUCUCGAAUCCAACGAGCAUCUGGAAGUGUUCGCAGGGAAGCUACGGACCUUACAGGUGGACGGUAGUGGUGUCUUGCGGACGUUGACCGUCCGCGGCGGCAGGCUGACCACCGCCGAGAUCCGUCGCUGCCCGGUCUUGGAUCCCCGCAGCUUUCGCAGUUUCUUCCUGGAGAAUCCCUUCCUGACGGAUCUCCUGCUGGGGUGCGUAUGCGGUGACGAGCUGGUCUUGGAUCAUAUCGGCUGCCCUAGCCUGGAGCGGGUCAUCCUGCAGGGAGACUUCGCCUGUGGCGGGAUGCUCCUCAGAUGUCCCAACCUGCGGGUCAUCCAGACGGCAGAGGAGAUCGAACUGCCGGCCCUACGGCAGGUCAUCAUCGUGGCAGAUCACCUGCUCAAAGUGUCGCUGGUGGGUCUCCCUGGCCUCAGUAAUGUCAUGGUGCAAUGUGACAGCUUAGAACACGUCGAAGCCAACAUGUGCAGCGAUGAUGCCCUGUGUUUGCGCUCCUUCGUCGUCCAUGCUACCCGUUAUGUUGGCUUCAUGCGUCUCUUUGACUGUUCCAUUGGUGCUCUGAUGCUGAGCACACCGUGUGCUCACACUGUUGUCCUCUACCGAUGCCAGAUCUCGGACUACUCGCUCAAGAUGGCUCUGAGUGCGUGCCCCAACAUCGUCCACUUGAGCGUGGAAAAGUGCGACACGCUGACUAGCGUCUGCGUACCGUCUCACGCCUCCUCUCUCAAGUACCUGAACCUGUUCGGUUGCAAGAGCCUGGCAAGAGUCACCAUAGACUGUCACGGCGUGGCAGCUGUGAAUUUGGGACAAUGCCUCAAGACGCGGCUCUUCGUCAGGGGUCUGGAGUAUGACCUAGCCAUGCAUCCACUCAAGUAUCCGAAGAUCGUCUUGCCUCAUCAGUCACUAAGAUGGAGCCACGACAGAGUUCCACAGCUUUUCACCAUCGCGAUGUGAAACACCGAACAGCAGCCGUAGGCUAGAAAUCCAGACGAGUAUUCACCGCCGGUCAAAAAUGCCUUGCUUGCGCCUGAGUCGUGAUUGUAUCAAGCAAAUUUCCUCGUGGCCUAUAUUCACCGCAUAGUUAACAUCACCGGACAUAAAAAAAACUGUUGGCGUUAAAAGCGCCUUAAGAGAAUGAUUCUCUUAUUGUAAUUUGGUAAUCACUACAUGUGUAUUGGCCCAAUGUCAUCUCAAUAUUAAACUUCGAUAAGCUCACUAAAGUAUUUCGCCCGAUAAUCGCUUGGAUCUACCAAACAGUUGGCAGCCGCUACUGGACGCAUUAUGCUGGCAUUAAGUACAGACGGAAAGCAUAUCAGUGGAAGAGGUUGGAAGUCUGAAACAUUUAUGGGCCUGUUUUGAAUAACCUAACAACUCUAUCCGGAAUUUACGACUAGUGAUGCAGAAACUAUAAUUGAGAGAAAAAAGGUAUAGAUUGGAAGGCAAUUUUAAUGAGUGGGGUAUACCGUGCUUUAAAGACAAGGUUUGAGGAAGAGGGAUUGCAAAAGGGUUUCGACAGGAAGUGGGUGGGGAUGGUAGACAAAUUGGACUUUACAGCAACAGAUUUCAUUUGAACAUUGAGCUUAAAAUUCACUCAAAGUCAAAUGAGUUGGGUUAUGAUUAAAAUGCCAAGAUGUAGGUUUAACCCAUUUUAAUGGGAGGUGGUAGAUAAAUACGCAGAAUGAACUGUGAAUCCGACAUUUUAGGAAAAGUCGGAUUUUGACUUGAAGAUUUUUGUCCUUUUAUUUCAAUUUCAAUGUCAUUUACUUUCCCCAGAUUUUUCGGAAGGUGUAGUGCACCCACUGACCCUCGCCUGAUCCUCCAAAUUCAGGAAAGGAGGCGAGUUUACCACAAGAAAAAUCUUAGUUAUAACUUAGAUGUCAAUUCACGGGCAAGAGGGUGAAUAAUGACGGAAGUCAAUUAGAAUUGGUUGUGACUUGAACUAAAAUACCGCACAACUUGCGACGUGUUGAAAAAAAAUCAGUUUGACAAUUGCUUUAAAUGAUUUAUAGACAAUCAGGUCUUAUGGGGCACAGUAUACUCAAGCAAAAUGAAUAAAUAUGGAAUAUUUACCAGUGCCAUGUAAACCAUAAUUCGGUUACGGACGAAACGUCUCAUCCCAUCUGUCAUGUCAGAGAGUUAUUGUUAUACCACUGCAUGAAUGUGAAACAUUCAUUUAUUUUUUAUAUGCAACGUCUCAAAAAAAAUCCUGAAAAAAGAUCAGUACAUUUCGAUGCCUGAGUAAAUCCCGAAAAUAAUAUUUCCGCUUGAAUAAAUCCCUCGAGUUCACAAAUGUCUGUAUCAGGUAAAAGAAGAAAUGGUGUUUGGCGUUUAUCAAGACCCAAGUGGACUGAUGGAACUUCAAUCCAUCCAUUUACCUGCGGAAUAGAACAUUCCAUGUUACAAUGCAACCGCAUCAUGAUUGGGAACGAAUGGUUCGAUGUCACAUGAUCAACAAUUCACCAGCUAGAUGACUGGGAUUUAUUGAGGCGAUGUAUUAACACUAUUGAGGCAGUGUGAAACUUGUGUUAUGCAAGUCCAUAGGUCUAUAAUUAUGGAGAAAAGAGCCACUUUAAGGGGCGUUAUACAAAUGCGGGGGGGAUCAAUGUUGUAUGAGCAAAAUUCGUUGCUUUUGUGGACACAAGUUAUCAUGCUGCCAGUCGUCAAUAUCAGCCCCAAAAGUGUUGUAAAAUAUUCACUUUGCACAAUAUCCGGGUUCGAGGACAGAAGGCUAUAGAACAAGACAUUUCCCGCCCCUCCCCCUCGAAAGAGGGGGGGGGGAUGCUCUGACAAACAUUUCUCCACCGCUCAGUUCGUGUUUACGGGCCCGGCUACUCCUCAACUCAAACAGCGCGUUAUAACAUUAUUGUUGUGUCUGAAAAAAACAUUCAUCGGAUUCAGUGAGCUGUAAACGGGAUGGACAAAAAUAAAUGUAGUGCUGACGCAUGAA